GGUCAAGAUUACAGUUAAAUAACAUAUUUCAAAUCAGCAGUAAAAUCUGAAAACACCGGAAUUAUAAAUUGUAUUUCUUUUGCUAUUUUUCAAGUCUGGUUCAGCUACUGCACAUGCGCGUUCUCGAGUUUAUUGACGUGCGACGUCUGUAUCUAAAAGGUGAUUGGCUCAUUUACACGUAAGGCGGGACGUGCUAUUUUAUUUACAUCCGCCAUAUUGGGCGUUCCAAUUUCUUUAUUUUAGUACAAGUGUGGUCCGUCUCUGCUAAACUUUCUCAAGUACAUUAUUGCGUGCUUAUAAGUUCUGCAAUUGAUUAUGGUGGCAUAUGGAACAGCAAGUGAUUCACUACUGAUGAAAAUAGAAUAUAUUCGAGAAUAUAAGUUUUGUGUGUUUAUAAAUUUAUAUAAGAAUGGGCUGUCCAUCCGCAUCGCUGUUCCAAACUCCAGUUCAGUUGAUUUACCAACCGUGAAAACACAAGCGGAGAAGAAGAACUGGCAAGUCACGUGACUCAAGUGUGCAACUGCGCAUGCCCAGUGCCGUUGGUGAUUCCAGUUUUUCUGUUGCUGUUUGACUAAUCUGUGUCUACUCUGCUCUUAUUUUCCUUUCAGUUUCUGUUCGUGUUCAGCUGUAGAUUUCUCUGUGAGAUCUUCAUUGGUUUUAAACACUGUGUCCUGAUCAUGGCGUCUGAGGACGGUCUCAUGUCUCCUGAAUCGACCGUCACCUCGCUGUUGGCCACAUCAGGACAUCUGCGGAGCUCUUUAGUCCCGGAGCCCGUCCCGUCCAUCAGAUACAGAGACAGACCGUACGUGUCGGCGUCCGAGGCGCUGGACGCUUACAUCGCUGAUUUCCAGAGAAGUCUGCGGGAUUCGGAGACAUCGACAGGGAAACUGGAGCUGGCCAAAGAAAUAUCAAAACCUCAUCCACGAAACCGAGAUGUCCUGAAAACAAGUUUGACUGAUGGCGAGCUGAAAUUCCUGAACAUUCCCAUCAGGAAUAGAGACUGUGAUCGCCUUAGUGUGACCACUGAUGACCUCGUUGCUCUCCCAGCAGACGGAUCGCUCCCCGUGACCCGCACCUCUGCCCUCCUGUCCCAGUCAGGGAGCUUUCCGCUGGGCUUGAGCCUCAACUCGAGCUCCUGGUCUCAAUCUCACUUCAUGCACCGGCCUGCUCCUCACAGAGCUCCGCCCACAGGAAGAACACCAGCGGGCAGGAAACCCUUCCCUGUGGAUGAUUUACGGAUGGGCGGUUCGCGAUCACAGCGUCAAGCUCCGUCCAAUCGGACGUAUCCACCCGACACGCCCAGAUCUCAUUUUCUCCCUCGCUGGAUGACCAGUCAGAAAUCUGAAAUGGAUUUUUCCGGAAUGUCCAGCGUUCCGGACCUCAUGUACCCGGGGUGGCUUAAACAGUGUGAAGAAUCUUCUGACGCCCCGUGGCGUGAUCCAGCUCUAUCUGUCAGAGUUCCAUCCUGGGUGGGAGAACUGGACACAUUCAGUGACACUAAAGAGCACAGAGAGGUCAAAGGUCACUUAGGGGAUCUGGAUGGCUCGAGUGGUCAAUCCAGUCUGAGGGAGCUUCGUUUACAGUUUUCGGAGAAACUUAACACAGCAAAGAGACGAGAGAUCGGACAGCUGUUCAAAGGUGAUCAGGUGGCGUCUCUGAUCUUCAGAGCCGAGCAGGUGUUGAACUCUCCUUCUAUCCGUCUCUGUGAAUCUGCAGAGCAACACAACAGCUCUGGAGAUACGGAGGAAGCUCUGGACGCUGACCGAUCCUGGGACAAUCCACCGGUGACAUUUAAAGCUCCAGUGCCAGUGGGCGGCGAUGAUGAGCCACCAGCUCCUGAGGAACUGCAGAGGAGCAAGUCCACAGCUUCCUGUUCAUCCGGAUACAGCAGCAGGAAACAUCCGGGCCCAGUGGAGACUCUCAAACACAUGCUGUUCAGUCUGCAGGCCGUACAAAACGACAUCAACCAAUCAAAAACGUCCAGUGACAUCACAGAUACACCUGAACACCUGCAGAGAGACACGAUGGAGCAGGUUCCUCAGCUGGAUGAAACCGUUGCGUCCGCAGACGGCGAGUCCUUACAGAGAGCUCUUCAUCAUCUGCAGAAAUUAAAAACCCUCGUGGAUGACAUGAACGAGAGGAACGCCGCAGCAGUGCAUGAUGGGAGACAUGAUACAGAGAAGCCUGCGGAUCACAAAAAGUGCCAAAAUCAACAAGCAUUUGUGAAUAAAUGAUCCUACAAACACUAUGACAUUAAAGAAGUCUUAUUUUUGUACACAUAUAACUGAUUAUUUGUGCUGUAAGUCGUUCCUCUGAAUUAAACAUGUUGCCAUAUAUAUGUUAAUUAAUGCAUUACAUGUAUGUUUGCCAGGUCUGAUUUCAUCUGUUGGAGAAUCUGUAAAUAAUCCUUUGUACUGUAUCUGUAUGAUCGUGUAAUUGAAUGUUUAUUUAUGCAUUGUUACAAUUACCCGGUUAAAACUGGCUGCACUAAUGUGUUUAAUGCAUCUCUGUGAGAUUAUAAAGAAAAAUACUUGAAAAUCCGAAAUAGAAGUAAAUAUUUGAUGAAUAUCGCACUACGGCAAAGCCGUUUUAAGUUCAGUCAUCCAUCGUUUCCCAAAGAAUGUCGUUAUGGAGAUCAGUUUUGGUGGAUGAUAAUGUCGUCCCAGUGUGAAGGAGAGGCGUAUCAUUGUGUUAUCUUUUAAUAGGGGUGCAUUGAUGUGAAAAUGUAAAUAUGACGCAUCAAUUCCUGAAUUUACAGAAACCGUCUCAGAUUACAUGUGCACCACAAACUUUUUGCAACCAAUCUCGACUUUGUCAUUUUUCAGAACUGCGUGCAUCAAUUCGAGCAAAAUAAAGCAUUUAUGCUUGUCUUGACCGCUAUAUUACGCAUGCUGUUAUAGGCGUACGCCAUUUAAUUGUUAGUUCUGUGAAACGAGACUUAUCCGCCUGUAUUCAUUGCUAUUUUAAUUAUGGUUUGUACCUAAAUGUUCCCAUUAGAUGAUAUGCAAGUGACUGUUACACAUGAUGAUCAACGUUGUAUACCGUCCGCUUGGUAGUUUGCAUCAAAUGCCGAAUUUAUGUUGGCUCACUAAUUAAUGUAACAUCAAUAUUGUUUAUAUAUGCAGUCACAGAUAAACCAAAGCGCCCUGUACACAUUCCCCAAAUGCAAAUCCUGUUCAGUAAAGAUUUUGAAUCUUACCGAUGUGUGUUCUUUCGUUUAACACAAAGCAUGUUUAACACAAUGUGUUUAAUUUUUUUGAGCCAGUGAAUGUACAAGCUGGUGUAUUUUUGCAUUAAAUAUGCUAA